AUGGAGAUUAAUUUGACUUCUGGAGUAAUCAAGAAGAUAAUUGACGGAGAAGUGGAGGGCGAAGCAGACAUGAUUCCGGUUAUGCAAGUGACGGAAAUGAGAUCGGUUAAGGCGGAGUCUCGAGGUACAACGACGGAGAGGUUUAGAGUGAUUUUAUUAGAUGGGAUUUACUUGCAUCAAGGAAUGCUCGGGAGUGAUCUUAACAAAGCUGCGGUUUGUUUGGAAGAGAAAGAUAUGGAGGAUGGUUUGUUUAAGGUUCCGAAUCUUGAAGAAGUUAGCUGA